AUGGCGAUCUCCGUAAAUAUGCGAUGGAUCGCCGCAGCGGUGGUUUUAUGUUCGUUGCUAGCUGUUGGACAAUUUGCUGAAGACAAACCAUGUGAGCGGCGUAGAGCCGGCCUCUUCAGGUCCAUAGUCUGUGUAUGUAACUCUACCUACUGCGAUACUAUCACUAGAGAGAAUCCAGCACGAGGCACUUACGUCGUCUAUACUUCUACACACGGUGGAAAACGUUUCGAGAAGAGUUACGGUACAAUCAAAACGUUGCCUGAACAAAGGUUUGAUGACCCCGGAGACCUCGAGCCUGAACCUGAGCCUAUACAGAUGGAUUUUGGAGCUGGUGAACUAAAGAACCUUCCCGACCCACCAUUCAAACAAGAAAACGAUGAUAAUGAAGAGGAUGAGGACGAUGAUGAAGACAGUGAAGAGUUCAAAAGAGUCGCCGACAGACCUGAACUCUACGACAUAUUAACCAACGUAGUCCUACGAAUCUACCCAAGCACCCGCUACCAGGUCAUCGAAGGUUUCGGUGGAUCUGUCACUGAUGCAGCUGCUAUAAACUGGCGCACUCUCUCGGAGGCUACACAAGAAACCUUCAUACAAACCUACUUCGGCCCAGAAGGAAUAGAGUAUAACAUGAUCAGAGUACCGAUAGCUGGUUGUGAUUUCUCGGAAUACCCAUACACUUACGCCGAGAGUCCUUGGAACGAUGCUACCUUGUCUAACUUUUCCCUAACACACCACGACUUCUUUUUGAAGCUGCCAAUGAUAAAAAGAGCACAGAGCGUUGCUCCAGAUGAAAUCAAAAUAACUGCCAGUACCUGGUCUCCUCCAAUUUGGAUGAAAACCAAUGAAGCGAUCACAGGGUUUGCACAACUCAAACGAGAAUACUACCAGGCUUUCGCUGAUUACCACUUACGUUUCAUCGAAGAAUACGAUAGAUUUGACGUUAAGAUUUGGGCGAUAACCACAACAAACGAACCUAUUAACGGCAUUGUUCCAUUCGUGCAGUUCAACUCUUUAGGGUGGUUCCCUCAUCAGUUGGGUCGCUGGCUAGCUGACAACCUCGGACCUACGAUAAAGAACUCGCGUUUCAACCAGACAAAAAUCCUUGCUAUUGAUGAUCAACGAUACCUCCUACCAGUUUAUUUAGCGGGAAUGGAGCUCGCAGCGCCUGAAUCCGUAGACUACAUGGACGGAGUAGCUGUCCAUUGGUAUGGGAACUUCUUCCCGCCACAAAUACUGUCAGCUAUCCAGCAUAGAUACCCUGACAAGAUUCUUCUUGCUACAGAAGCUUGUGAAGGUUCUAUGCCUUGGAAUUUAGAUAAAGUAAUUCUUGGAUCCUGGAGGCGAGCUGGCACUUAUGUCAAGAGCAUCUUACAAGACCUGAAUAACCAUGUAGUGGGAUGGAUAGAUUGGAAUCUCUGUCUCGAUCCCAUUGGUGGACCCAACUGGGUAGAUAACUUCGUGGACUCACCCAUCUUAGUAUACAAAGACAGAGAUGAAUUUAUCAAACAGCCUAUGUUCUAUGCUAUGGGUCACUUCUCCAAGUUCAUUCCAAGAGGGUCUCGACGCGUACGAGUGUCGCGAAGAAGUAUAGCUAGCAUCGAAAAUGUAGCUGUGAGGAAACCGAAUGGAAAUCUUGUGGUUGUAAUGCAGAACAGACGAAGAAGACCAAUGAAUGUGGAAAUAAGAAUAAGCAGCUCUAGAUAUAUUGAUAUUAUUAUGGAACCAAGAUCAAUUAAGACCAUAGAAAUUAAUCCCUAG